UUAGUGCAGUUCUUCCUGGAUUCACCUGCUCUCCUGCAGCACAGGAGCAUCAGGCAGCAUGACUUCACACAGAUGGAUACUGACUGUCUGCUUCUUACUUGCCUCAGUUUUUGGGGCAGGUGAAUCAAUGUCAACAGUAGAAGUUCAAAAAUACACCUGCAGGAUGUUUGGCAGUGGCGUCAUGCAGCCUUUCAACAGCUCAGGUUUCUAUGUGCGAUCCAGCUGCCCGUUCACCCUCACCCGCUUCACCCACAACCGGGUUGACUGCGACAUCACGGUACGGCGAGGAGACAGUGGACUGCUGGCUCAAGUUGAGAUCAUCGUCAACAAAAUCAGGACUGUUGUGCAGAGUGGAAGCAUCCUGGUGGAAAAGAAAAGUGUUUCUCUUCCGUACGACCACACCUACCAGCAUAUUUUCCAAUAUGGCACUUACACUCGACUAAGGAGCUCGCUGCUUCCUCUGUCGGUCACCUGGCACAGUGUACCUGGAGGAAUCGAUGUUGUGAGGGUGGAUCUGGAGCAGGCGCUGAUCACUGAUAUGACUGGGCUGUGUGGAAAAUACAAUGUUCCAGGCAACAAGCAGCAGUUGAUCGCAGAGAGCGUGAUUCCUGAGGAAACGUGUCAAACACGAGAUCCUAUCUUUGCUCUUAAUCUACUAUGCAGACUGUUCUUUUCCUACACGCUGGACUGUUUGCAAGCCAGGACCCCUCAUUAUAUCCGACUCUGCGAAGAGAACAUUUACAGCUAUGAAAGCAGCAAAUACAUCGCCUGUGCUUUCUUCAAUGAGGUUGUCCAGCAGUGUGGAAAUGACAGCUACAUCUGGACCAUGUGGAGAACCGUAACCAGAUGUGAUCCACCAAGUUGUCCAGGAGACCUGGUUCAUGUAGAACAAGGCACUGCCUUUGUUCCCAGCUGCUCCAACCCAAACCCUGGCUUCUCCAACCAGGACCUAACAAGCUCCUGUGUCUGCCCAAAGGGUACGGUGGUUAAUGAUCGCGCAGGUGGCUUCCACUGUGUGAACGUGUCCAACUGCCCCUGUGUGUUUGCCGGCAGGAGCUACUUCCCUGGAGACACACGCAGCACCAAGUGUCAGUCGUGUGUGUGUGAGGGUGGUCGGUGGCGCUGCUCCAAAAACGUCUGCCCGGCCAGAUGUCUCAUCGAGGGGCAGUUUGUCACAACAUUUGAUGGCAAACAAUAUGCCCUCCCUGGUAAAUGCACAUAUGUGGCGUCGCAGGGUCUCAAGUGGACAAUAACUAUUCAGUUUUCUGAAAAACACGUGUCCCUGAAAACAGCUGUCCUGCAGCUUUUUAAGGAGGUCUAUACAUUUUCAAUCAACAGUGUUAAAGUAGGAGAGGAGGAAAUCACUGAACUUCAUCAGUCUGCGUAUGCCCUGGUUUUCUGGCAGUCUUCUUUGUACGUCCAAGUCCAGACGUCUUUUGGUUUGAAGAUGCAAGUCCAGAUGUUUCCUGAACUUCAGUUCUUUAUCACCCCACCCACAAACCACACCAGUAUCAUGUCAGGUCUUUGUGGCAACAGCAACGACGACACCACAGACGACUUCACCACAAGCAGCGGGAUCAUCGAGAACUCCCCACAGCCGUUUGCUUGGUCCUGGAGUGUGGGCACCUGUGCACUGAACAUACCCAAAAUCUGCAGCAGCGCAGACAAUGAAAUAUUUGCCGAUGAAAAGUGCUCUGUGUUGAACGACCCGACUGGGAUCUUUGCUAAGUGCCAUGGUCAUAUCCCAGCAGAUCAGUUCCACACUGCUUGCGUCCAAAGAACCUGCAACUGUGGGAACAACCUGCAGCAGUGUUUAUGUGUUGCUCUGGGCAGUUAUGCUAAAGCCUGCGCCAUUCUGGGUGUUGCAGUUGGUGACUGGAGGAAAGCUUCCAACUGCACUCUGAAAUGUCAAAACAACCAAGAAUUCUUCUACGACGUGCCAGCCUGCAACCAUACAUGUCGCUCCUUGUCCGGACAUGAUCCUCGCUGUCGGUUGGAUGACACUCCCGCCGAGGGCUGUGGUUGUCCUGAAGGAACACACCUGAACCAGGGACAAGUCUGCAGCCCCAAGGCAGAGUGUGAAUGUCACCACUUAGGUGGUACAACACCACCAGGGCCUGUUGUUGUUGAUGGACUUCAGUGCAUCUGUAAGAAUGGAGAACUGCUCUGUUCCAAGGACUGUGGUUGCAUGAAUGGGAAGGUCUGUGUUCACUGCUCUGAGUAUGCAGUGAACACAGCUCAGAAAACCUGCGACAGUCUCAGCAAACCACUGGGUGUCAGUGUGACCUGUGAGAGUGGCUGCCACUGCCCACAUGGCCAGUAUGAGGAUCACCAUGGCAACUGUGUCUUUCUGGACAACUGUACAUGUGUGUACAGUGGCAAAGUGUUCAGAGCAGGACAGCAUGUCAAAACCAACUGUAAAAAAUGUAUUUGUGGUCAGGGUCAGUGGCACUGCAACGAUGAGCCAUGUCCUGGGAAGUGUCAAGUUUAUGGAAAUGGCCAUUACCAGACCUUUGACUCUAAAUGGUAUCGCUUUAACGGACACUGCCAAUACACACUCGUCGAGGAUUACUGCGGAAAUGAAAAUGGCUCCUUCUCUGUCAGGGUGGAGAGUGUACCGUGCUGUGAUGAAGCACUGACUUGCUCUCGCUCCAUCGUCCUGGACCUGCAGGGCACAGUCACCCUGACACUGAGUGACAUGAAGGUGACCAGACGUAUACAAAAAGGCAGGACUCUGCAAGCACAUUCACUUUACACCACACACACUGUGGGACUCUAUAUCAUAAUCUCAGUGCCAAACAGUGGGAUAACGCUCAUCUGGGAUAAACACACCAGGAUCACCAUAGAGCUGCAUCCAAACUGGAGAAACCGAGUGUGUGGCCUCUGUGGGAAUUUUGACUCCAGUGAGGUGAAUGACCUACAGAUAAGUGGCUCAGCAGUGGUGUCUAGUCCUCUGACCUUUGGCAACAGCUGGAAAGCCGCCACACCCCCGUGUUCUGAUGUGACCACUGAGAUAUUUCCAUGUGAACGCAACUCCUACUGCUCAGCCUGGGCCCAGCGGCGCUGUAUGAUCAUUACAUCAGACACCUUCAAAGACUGCCACUUAAAAGUGGACCCAGAGCCCUACUACCAUGCCUGUGUGCAGGAGUCCUGCUCCUGUGAGUUUGAAGGGAAGUUUCUGGGCUUUUGCACCGCGGUGGCAGCCUAUGCUGAGGCCUGCAGUGACCAGGAUGUGUGUGUCAAAUGGAGAACACCCGAUUUGUGCCCGGUCUACUGCGACUACUACAACAAGCAGGGCCAGUGUAGCUGGCACUACGAAGCCUGUGGUGAGAUGCUCACAUGCAGCAAAGUCGACUAUUUCACUCACAAACUUGAAGGCUGCUACCCUAGAUGUCCGAAAGAUGCACCAUACUUUGACGAAAAUACUGGAGAGUGUACUAAAUUGAAGAACUGUACCUGUUUUUUUAAUGGCACUAUCCUUCAGCCUGGGACAGUGGUAAUGAUAGAGUCCAAUACGUGCCCCUGUGAAAAUGGAACAGUUAACUGUCAGCUUACUCCCACAGCUCCUCCAACAACACCUCCACCUAUCACCACAGCAUCAACAAGUUCCAUUAUACCUGCUACAUUCACAACCGAAACAACUGUGCCUUCCACUACACCAGCAACUACAUCUGAUAUAGCUACAACUGAAACAUGGUCAACCGUGCCUUCAGCCACCACCACACCACUGACAACCACUACCAAUGCCUCAACUACUACUGAAACAUGGUCAACCGUGCCUUCAACCACCACCACACCACUGACGACCACUACCAAUGUCUCAACUACUACUGAAACAUGGUCAACCGUGCCUUCAACCACCACCACACCACUGACAACCACUACCAAUGUCUCAACUACUACUGAAACAUGGUCAACCGUGCCUUCAACCACCACCACACCACUGACAACAACUACCACUGAAACAUGGUCAACCGUGCCUUCAACCACCGCCACACCACUGACAACCACUACCAAUGUCUCAGCUACUACUGAAACAUGGUCAACUGUGCCUUCAACCACCACAACACCACUGACAACAACUACCAAUGUCUCACCUACUCCUGAAACAUGGUCAACUGUGCCUUCAACCACCACCACACCACUGACAACAACUACCAAUGUCCCAACUACUACUGAAACAUGGUCAACCGUGCCUUCAACCACUGCUACACAACUAACGACCAUUGCCAAUGGCACAACUACCCCUGAAACCAUGCCUUCAACCUCCCCUACACCGUUGACAACCACUGCCAAUGUCUCAUCUACCACUGUAACCCAUCACACUUCAAGAGCCACACCCACAACACAAUCCACCUUUACUAUGGUCAGUCCAGUGGUUGUGACAGAAGGACCAUCAAUCUCUGUCACACCAUUAAGGGACAGUCAGUGUACAGAUCUUAAAAGGAAAAAAACCUGGGCUUGCAAUGAGACAUGGACAGAGGACUGUUUCAGCAAGAUCUGUAAAAAUGGGACGAUUGAGUUGACCCCAGUAGUGUGUCCCGAGCCAUCGGUUCCCAUCUGCCCCAGAGGCCAGGUCACAAAAGUCUCAGAUGGAUGCUGUGAAACACUGAAAUGUGACUGUCGCUGUGAGCUGUAUGGGGACCCCCACUAUAUUUCUUUUGAAGGAGUAACAUUUGAUUUCCUGGAUGAAUGCACCUACAUCUUGGUGGAGGAGCAGUCACCUCAACAUAAUCUUUCCAUCGCUGUGGACAACUUUUUCUGCAUGCCCAGCCUCCACGGCUCCUGUGCUAAAGGCGUCAUCCUCCAGUAUCAGAGCAAUGUGGCUACACUUAGUAUCAUCCCAGAUUUGUUUGCAGUACAGGCCACUCUGAACAACAUGACCAUACAUCCACCAUAUGAGGAGCACGGGAUGAAGUUUGAGACCACAGGUUACGUGGUGUCAGUCUACCUCCCAGAGGUCCGCUCUUAUGUCUCGCUUAGCCCUUCUUACACCCUGGUGGUCAAUCUGGCCAUGGAGCAUUUCCUCAACAACACACAGGGACAGUGUGGUGUGUGCGGCGGUGGAUCAUGUAUCCGUAGAGGAGGCCAGAUCGAGGACAACAGUUGCUGUGAUAAGACUGCGUAUGACUGGGUGUUGGCAGACACUCUGAAGCCGGCCUGUCUUUCUGCACCAAAGGACGUGCCCUGUCAUCCUGGGCCAACUCCAGCACCCACUGACACAACCCUUCCCACCCCCACCAGCUCCAGCUGCCCUGCAAGUUCACUCUGUGAGCUGCUGGACCAUCCAGUAUUUUCGACCUGCAGGCAGUAUGUGAAUCUGCGCCUUAAAAAGAAGAACUGUGAGUUUGACUCGUGUGGGAACAGAGGCGGUCCGUGCUCUGCUCUGGAGCAAGCAGCUGAAGAAUGCAGGAAUCCUGAUUUCUGCAUUGACUGGAGAAUACUCACUAAUGGAAGCUGUGAUGUGCCCUGUCCAAAAGGAUUGGUUUACAGAGAAUGCCGUAACAAGCUGGAUGACUUCUGCUAUGGAGGAAUUCAACAUCCAGGGGCCUCCCUUGCAAAAAACAGUGCAGGUUGUUUCUGUCCCAGUGGCCAGUUCAGGGCGGGAAACCACUCGAACACAUGUGUGUUUGAGUGUUCCUACUGUAAAGGACCACUUGGAGAGCCAAGAAUGCCUGGUGAGGUGUGGCAGUCCAGCUGUCUCCUCUGCACGUGUAACAACCUGACUCGGACAGAGGAGUGCUUUCCAAGACCCAGUGAACCUGCUCCUCUCUGUGGCCCCAACUAUGUUUUGAAAAACACCACUUGCUGUGGUGAUCAGAUUUGUGUUGAGAGGACCUGCAGUUACAAGGACAAGUUGUACAAGUUUGGAGACACAUGGAAAGAUCCCAGUCAUCCCUGCAUGUCAUUCAGCUGCAGCAAUGAGGGAGUUCAGACUGAAACAGUUGCCUGUUCACAAGAAACCUGUCCUGAGGAGGACAAGGUUUGGGACAACCAGCAUUGCUGCUUCACAUGUAAGCAGAGCUGUGCUCCUAAGGUGUCCAGCUUUAACAUCAGCAUAGACAACUGCACCACCACCAUAGAGAUGCCAGUGUGCCAGGGCCAGUGUGUGUCUCAGCCCAGGGUGGUGGUAAUGCACGGCGACCUGCAGGUGGAGCCGAGGAGUAGAUGCUGUGAGGAGCAGGGCUCCGAGAGGAGAACAGUGACCCUGCAAUGCUCGGACCUCACCACCAGGCACCUGGCCUACUGGCACAUCACCAGCUGUGAGUGUAGAAUCUGCAGUGCACUCCGCUGACCUGAACAGCACAAGGGCAAAUAGUUAUGUGACAUCAACAAUUAAGAUUUCCAAAUCAACCUUAAGCUAUUGCAAUUCAGUUGAUAAUAAUGUGUUUUUUCAUCUUACACAACUCAAUCUGUAGUAUGUCAAAUAAAUGAUUUUGUUACCAAUCACAAAA